AUGAAGUUCACACUGGUCUCCUCCGCCCUUCUCCUGGCCACUGCGGCUAUGGCCAACCCUAACCCCGACAUUCCUGACAUCAACUCGAUCCUCUCCCAGGCUGGCGUCGGCUACCUCGAUCUGGGGGAGGUCAAGACCGGCGGCGAGAACGCCGUCAAGACUCUGACCGGCGAAGCUGCCCAGAUUGCUACCGCCGCCGAGAGCGCCUACAGCGCGGGUGUCACAGACCUCAAUUCCGCCGGCUCGGAGAUCGCCCACAAGUGGUCCACUGCCAUCAGCCAGACCACCUUGACCAACUCCAACGGUCAGGCCACCGCUACCGAGGUCACCAAGGUGACCACGACCCCCUCCGCCUCUGCAACUGGCAGCUCAACUGGCAGCCCUAGUGGUACCACCAAUGGUGCCGUUGCGCGCCCUACUGCCGUCGGUGCUGCUGUUGCUGGUAUGGCCGGUAUGCUCGGGAUUAUGGCCGCCCUGUAA